UAUAAAUGUAUUAUAUUCCGUCUACAAGCGAAAUAUAAUCAUUGAAAGAUUAUUUUGCAAAGACACGUCGAAGCUGAAGAAUGAAACUGGAUUGCGUAAGAAAAAUCAUUUGUUAUGUGUUUAAAAAGUUAGGAAAAACAGUUGCACAACAUCCAUAUUACUUUAUACUUCUACCUGUAAUUCUGUCUAUUACGCUAUCGAUAUUUCUCAAAGAAUUAAAAUCCAGUAAGACGUUCAAUAACAUAAUAAUUUCGGAUACAGGAAAAGUUUUUAGCAAUAAGAAAUAUAUAGAAAAUACUUUUUCGUAUAAUUCAUCUGAAUUUUCUGAUCAAUUGAGACGUCCUGAUUUGCCCAAUUGUCUGAUGAUACACAUUUUAAAACAAGAUGAAGGAAACAUGUUUAGUAAAAAUGUUCUUUCAGAAGUUAAAUUAGUCGAUGAAAUCAUACAAAACACAUCAUUAAAAACUGAUGGGAAAUUAAUACAAUAUCAAGAUCUCUGCACACACAUGCACAAAAAAUGCUUUCAAAAUCCUAUUAUUGAAAUAAUAACAGAUGCUGGAAUAGAUACUAUACUUCAAAAGAGAAUAAAGCUUAAAUAUCCUGUCGAUAUCGAUUACUUAACUUUCAGAUAUAAGGCCUACUUUAUAAAUUUAGGAGGUGUUACAGAAGAUAAUGAAAACUUCGUGGAGAAAGUAAAUGCGAUUGCGUUAAUAUACCUGACUGAUGAUAAAAAUGAAAUUAAAAAGAAAUUGUUCAAUAAAUGGUCCACUCAUGUUUGUGACAUAAUACUAAAGUAUCAUUUUACAUAUAUCAAAGUCGUUCCAAAUUCUCUAUUAGCUAUAGAUGAAGAGUUUCAGAAAGAAUUUAAUAAAACGAAACCUAAAGUCGGAGGUUUGGUCGCAUUUAUAAUUAUACUUUCGAUAUUUUUCAAUAUGAGCAAUAAAUGGUUGAGGAGCAAACCUCUUCUUGGUUUAGCAAGUGUAAUAAACGCUGGUUUGGCUGUUGUAUCAUCAUUUGGAUUAAUGGAAGUCUUGGGUGUAGAAAACACGUACUGGAAUGUCAUCAUUCCGUUUUUAAUUCUUGUGACCGAGAUAGAUGAUGCCUUCGUAUUAAUAGCAUGUUGGAGAAUAACUGAUUUUAAACAUACAGUUGAGAAACGCAUGGAAAUAACAUAUUGUGAAGCAGGAGUUUCCAUUACAUUGACUUCACUUACAAAUUUCCUUUCGUAUUGCAUCGGAAUGAUGGCUCCAUUUCCGUUCAUUCGAAUAUUUUGUUAUUAUACUACAACUUGCAUAAUUUUCAAUUUUCUAUAUCAGAUAACGUUCUUUGGAGGAUGUUUGGCGUUGAGUGGCUACAGAGAAAAGAAAAACCUUCGUUCCAGAGAAUUUAACUGUGAACAAAGUGAAGAAUAUCCGAAGGAAAAUAAAAAUACUACACAAGAAGAAUUUACUAUGGCCGUUAUAAGAGAUUCAUUAGGAAAAAUAUUAUCGAAUCCACUGGUGAGGAUAAUUAUUAUUAUAAUCUAUAUCAUUAAUUUAUCAUUCGGAAUUUGGGGCACAGUUUACAUCAAUAAAGGAAUUAAGUAUGAAACGUUGUUUUCUGAAGGAUCUUUAGUUAGAGAAAGCUUCAAGAUUAAUUUAAAAUACUUUAUGCGUUACUCUUAUCCCUUUCACAUAAUUAUUAAUGAAACGUUGGAUUACUCAGAUAUAAAGGUACAGAAAUCGAUAGAAAAUCUGUUGACAAAAUUCGAGAAACAUCCAAAUAUUGCCGGAGAAUUCACUUUGUCUUGGUUAAAAUUCUACAAAGAAUUUCAGAAAAGUCACGUUGCGAAAUUUUCAUUACAAGGGUACAAUAUGUCAAAUAAGCAAGACUUCAUCGAUGGGCUUCGCGACGUAUUUUUCAAUAUCAGAGCAGCCAAGUCACUCUCUAAUGACGUUGUCUUUAACAGCAACGAAACUGAUAUCAUAUACAGUAGAUUUUUUAUUAUGGGAAAAGAUUUAAAUUCUUCAUACACAGAAAGAGAUACAUUAAGAGAUUUAUUGAAAAUUGCUGAUGAGUCCGAAAUUUCUAUACUGGUGCAUUGUGUUAAAUCAGGUCUGAUUGAACAAGGGAUCAUCAUUGGACAAAUGAUUCACCAGUUGUUUUUCAUUAGUGCUAUAAUAACAACAGCAGUUUUUCUAUUGUUUGUACUAAAUUUGUUAGUGGCAAUUAUUGUUGCAAUAUCUGUGGUAUCUCUAAUAGUAGAAACUUUAGGUUACAUGUCGUUAUGGGGUGUGAACUUGGAUAUUAUAUCAAUGAUGAGCCUUAUUCUGUGUGUGGGAUUCAGCGUGAAUUAUCCUGCUCAUAUUUCGUAUGCUUAUGUCAUGUCACAAUGCAAAACACCGAAUGAAAGAUUAAAAGAUUCUUUGUAUCGUAUAGGCUUUCCAAUACUUCAAGGAUCAUUAACCACGGGGUUAGGCAUAUUGAUAUUGUAUUCUGAUGUAUAUUUUCUUAGCACGAUUGCGAAAGUUGUAAUCCUUGUUGCUUUACAAACCGCUUUUCAUGCGUUAUUCUUUAUUCCUAUUGUUCUUUUUAUCAUUUAUACUACUUCAGAGAAGCUAAAAUUAAUUUAUUGUUAAAUUCAAAAUCAUAAUCUCAUUGUUAUUGACAUUAUUUUGUAAUUUUUAUCUUAGUAGUAUGAGAUAUUCAUGAACGAUUAGUAACUAUUUUUUCUGUAUUUAUGGAUGUUAGUGUCAGCGUACGAGUUGUCCGUUGUGUGUAUGUGUGUGUGAGAAUGUGGUUCUAUGUGUGUGCAUGUAAAAAAUGAGUUUGUUCCCCCAUUUGGAACUUAAUAUCUUCUUUUUAUUUUGCUGAAAUUUUGAAAUUUUGCUGAGAGGAUUAUGUAUUAGGUAAUGGAUGUUUUUAAAAUUUACGGUUAAGAGUCAAGGGAUUUGUGAGAUAGAAGUGAAAUUAUUUCGAGUAGGGUCAUAUUUAAUAAAGAUUUCACUCGUUAUUAGCAUUUACAAUUUUUUUAAAAACCCAUUCCUACCCUCAAAAUUAUGCUUUAAAUAUUUAAAAAUUUAUUUAACAACAAUAUUUAAAACUCCGUGUGGCUCCAUUUCUUAUUGCAUAUUUUUAGAAAACUUUUUAUAUAAUUGUUCAUUCUACAAUGACAAGAAGCUUAAUUUUAAGGGUAGGAAUGGGUUUUAAAUAAAAGUUAUGCAAUUCGUUGUUAGAAUGUUUAUCUUGUAUUAUUAUUUAACGUUACUUGAGCAGUUACAAUAUUUGAUAUUAAUAUUAUUUCUUGUAGUAACAAAUAUCAUAUUAUUGUGAAAAUAGUAAAAGAGUUGUAAAAUUAUGUUAAGCUGUUUUAUGUCAUUUAAUGAUGUGGAAAUUAAUAAAAUUAUGUGACGAAUAUACUCUCUGAAUAAUAAUAAAGAUGUUAAUGAAAGUUAUAAGAAAUGAAUUAAUAAAAUGGAAGCUGUAUUUCAGUAAUUCCCAGUAAAAAAUGUACGGUUUUUCAAUAACAAUGUACUACAUCCAUAACGGUAAUGCAAUUUCAUAUAUUUGUGAUUAUUUAAAUACCCUAUAUCAGUGUUUUCCAUCUUAUAUUUCUCGAAAUUAUCUCAUGUUUUUAGCGGUAAUAUUAAAUGUUUUUAAAAUUUUGAAUAAGCUGUUUUUAAAAAUAGUUUAAUUUAACUUUAC